AGGAGACGGAACGGAAAUUACGGCAGCUCCUUUCCCGAGGAAGCUAGAUAAACAAACAAAAGCAAGACAUUAUAAUACAUAUAUUUAAACAUCUCGUACGAUUUUGAUCACUUUUUAUGUAUAGAUAUGCUAACCACAAAUAAACCGAACCACAGAAUAAGCUAGAGAAGGGCUAGCAUCCCGGGGCGUUUUAAUGAUUUCUAGCAUCCUGCUAGCUGAACGAACUGGCUGGCUACGCAGCUAAGGUGUUAGCUCGACAUGUUUAUUUUAGCGCUUGGGCGAAGGAGCGUGACAUGAUGGCGUAAAACUUGCAGUUAUUACCAAAUAGUCACACUUCCCACCUAAAGGCUGUGAGAAACUGAUAACGUUUGCCUCGAGUUUCAACCGGAACUGCACUCCGUUAAAAUCUCCACACCGUCACCAUGGCGUGGGCUCUGAAACUGCCUCUCACGGAUGAAGUGAUUGAGUCCGGACUGGUCCAGGACUUUGAUGCCAGUCUGUCCGGCAUUGGCCAGGAACUCGGUGCGGGGGCGUACAGUAUGAGCGAUGUACUUGCCCUUCCUAUUUUCAAACAGGAGGAGUCCAACCUCCCACCGGACAGUGACAACAAGAUCCUACCCUUUCAGUAUGUUCUGUGUGCACCUACCUCGCCAGCCGUUAAACUGCAUGAUGAAACACUCACCUACCUCAACCAAGGGCAAUCCUAUGAAAUUAGAAUGCUUGACAAUCGGAAAAUUGGGGAACUUCCAGAAAUCACUGGCAAAAUGGUGAAGAGCAUAAUUCGUGUGGUGUUUCAUGACCGACGACUUCAAUACACAGAGCACCAGCAGCUGGAAGGCUGGCGCUGGAACAGGCCAGGGGAUCGCAUUCUCGAUCUGGAUAUCCCGAUGUCAGUGGGGAUAAUUGACCCCAGGGCUAACCCCACUCAGCUUAACACGGUGGAGUUCCUUUGGGACCCAUCAAAAAGAACCUCAGUUUUUAUCCAGGUUCACUGCAUUAGCACAGAAUUCACCAUGCGGAAGCAUGGCGGAGAAAAGGGCGUGCCUUUCCGCAUCCAGAUUGACACGUUUAAGGAGAACGAGAAUGGAGAGUACACAGAACAUCUUCACUCUGCCUCCUGUCAGGUCAAAGUCUUCAAGCCUAAAGGUGCAGACAGAAAGCAGAAGACGGACAGGGAGAAGAUGGAGAAGAGGGCGCCACAGGAAAAGGAAAAGUACCAGCCUUCCUAUGAAACCACAAUCCUGACAGAGUGCUCUCCCUGGCCUGAGGUCACAUAUGUCAACAACUCCCCAUCUCCUGGCUUCAAUAGCACCCACAACAGCUUUCCAGUGGCUGAAGGAAACGGGUCACCAAACCACCAGCCUGAGCCUGUUGUUCAGGUGGCAGAUAAUUUGUUACCAACAGCAACACCACAGGAUGCACAACAGUGGCUUCAUAGAAACCGCUUCUCGCCUUUCUGUCGACUCUUCACUAACUUCUCAGGGGUAGACCUGUUGAAGCUGACCAGGGAGGAUGUUAUUCAGAUCUGUGGGCCAGCUGAUGGUAUAAGACUCUUCAAUGCACUUAAAGGACGGGUGGUACGUCCAAGACUCACCAUCUAUGUUUGCCAGGAAUCUCAGCAGGCACGGGAACAGCAUCCGAAACAUGAAAAUGGAGAUGCUUCUGCCAGCGCUUUCUUUGUAUAUCACGCCAUUUACCUGGAGGAACUCACGAUUACAGAACUGACAGAGAAAAUUGCUCAUCUGUUCAGCAUCUCACCCAGGCAGAUCAAUCAGAUCUUUAAACAAGGCCCUACUGGCAUCCAUGUGCUGGUUAGUGAUGAGAUGAUUCAGAAUUUCCAAGAUGAAGUUUGUUUUGUUUUGGACACGAUGAAAGAUGACACAAGUGACGGCUACCAUAUAAUCUUAAAGUGAAUCCCAGGCAGGAGAGUUGUCGAGUCCUUCUCUCUUGUUUAGUCCUGGUUCAGUCAGCCCCUCUAGAGCUUUGUACUUUUUGCUGUUCC